CUUGGAACGCAUCCCUGCUUGUUGACAAGCACGUGAGGAAAAUAGUGUGCAACUCGUUUGUGAUAAGGAAUCGGGGAAAGAAACAUCUUUUUAGAAUGGAUCUCUAAAAACCAAUCAGUGAAUCCCGAAUCUCAAUCUCACACUUCUCCUUCUAUCAUAUGGCUACUGUCUUCCAUGUUCAGUACCAAUCUGCUUUCUUCCCUGUCAUCUAGAUAGGUACUUUAUCUUGUUCCACUUUUCAUCCUUAACUUGCUAUAUUGGUCACCCCAAACUCCUUCCUUGCUGAAUAAUGAAAUUUCUAUUUUUUGGCUGGGAAAGACAAGUUGUUUUUAUGCCCACUUUGUUUACAUUCAUUGUGUUCAUUUGGAGUUAAUUUUAUUUUUGGAUAGUCAAAUGUUUUUUUGUUUCUAGUUUGAAUCCACCUCCUAGUCAAUACUCUUUCAGUGUUCAACCGAACUGUCUGCUUGGGACCUCAUUUGGAGCUGAGUUACUUAACAUUAUUUAUCAGUAUUUAUUUCUAUGAAUGGCAUCUAUUAGAAGAACCUUGUCUCCUGUUCCUCGACCCGCAACUGCAGCAAAUGUAGAUGUCUGUUCAGUAUCUUCCCCGUUGUCUAAGUCCUCACCUAGCCCCCAGAAGUUUUUUCCAUCCUAUGGAUUUUUACCUUCUUCAUUCACCUCACCGGACUCCAGUGCUUUUUUGCUUGGUGUUUUCUUCCCAAGAUCUUUCAGGAAUAUUGAGAAAUCAAAGCCUAAGGGUCAGCUUUGGAGAAAGGUGCUUUUCCAUUUUUUCAUUUGUUUUAUGGUUGGUGUUUCUAUUGGCCUCAUCCCGCUCGCAUCAACAAACUUGUCUUUGAAUCUCAUCUCAAGAAAUCAAGGUUUCUCUUUUGAGGUAAAAAAAUUCCAGUCACUCGAAAAUGUGAAGAUAAAUGAUACACCAUUAGUUGAUGAGGUUGUGAAGUUUGAUGCUACUUUGAUUUCCGCAGUACAAGAACAAGAACUAACAGACGGUGUAACGUAUAAUAUAUCAGACAGCCAAUUCGGUGAUGAAUCAUAUUUGGAGUCUCAAAAGCUUUUCAUAAUUGUCACACCGACUUACAAUCAUCUAUAUCAAGCUUAUUAUUUGCAUCACUUGUCACAAACUUUGAAAUUGGUUUCCCCUCCUUUGUUGUGGAUUGUUGUUGAGAUGAAUUCUCAAUCUGAUGAAACUGCUGACAUUUUGACAAGUAGUGGCAUUAUGUAUAGACAUCUCAUAUGCAAAAUGAAUCUAACCAACACAAGCCAUAGGAGCAUUCUUAUGAGAAAUGUUGCAAUAGCUCACAUUGAAACUCAUCGCCUCAAUGGAAUUGUUUAUUUUGCAAACAAUGAUAACAUCUAUUCGGUUGAACUCUUCCAGCAAAUGAGAGAAAUAAGGCGAUUUGGAACAUGGACUGUUGCAAGAUUAUCAAAGGAUAGAAGCGGCAUUCUCUUGCAAGGGCCCAUUUGUAAUGGAAGUGAAGUGAUUGGAUGGCACACAAAUAAUGAAUCAGGUGGGAAUUCUAAAAGAUUUCAUGCUGAAAUGCAAGGCUUCGCCUUCAAUAGUACAAUACUAUGGGAUCCAAAGAAGUGGCACCGACCGUCUCUUAAACCUAUCAGGCAGCUCGAAUCAGUCAAGGAAAAUUUGUGGGUUAGCACAUUGAUUGAGCAGAUUGUUAAAGAUGAAAGUGAAAUGGAGGGCCUAAUGAACGACUGCUCGAGAGUUAUGGUUUGGAAUAUUGAUCUCGAGUCAUCUUAUUCCUUCUAUCCUAAAAAAUGGAUUACAGAGAACAACCUAGACGUCAUUUGGAAUUUUCCACUUGUGUGAAAUUCUUCAUAAAGAAGCGGGAACCACUAUAUUUUCAUCCUGUUCAUUCUGUUUUGCACUGCAGGGGAAGAUCAUAAAGAAUUGAAGGUCAUCAUGCUAGUGCUUUAUUGUUUAUUAUCAUCUUCUCAAAUGGCUAUGCCUAUUCGGAUAUCCCAUUCGCCAUCACAGUGACUUGCGAUACCAUCCCUACGAGUCCAUUGAUUAAUAGUGCAUUUUAACCUCUAACAGCCUGUGCAUUAUAAUUAAAAAAACAGGUUCCUUCUGAUCUUUCAAGAGGCAGAUGUUUCAGUUGGUCCUAUCAUAUACUGUUUGUUUGUUUUAACAAUUUAAUGGUGUCUCUCGUGUAACAUUGAGAUGAAUUUUGAAUGUCAAAUAGUAAUAUUUAACAUUUUUUUUGGUAGAGUAAUAUUUAACAUUUGAAUGCA